CCAGCAGAAUGGGUAUGCUUUCGGAGUGAGUCUCCCCAAAACUAAGCAAGACUCAAUUGCCGCAGCUUCCAUUGUUCGGAAUCGUAAGUUGAAUAAAGGAUAGAAAAGAAGAAAUGGCAGGCGGCGGCGGAGGGAAAGAAGGUGACUGGGAGUGCAGCGGAUGCCACAACAGGAACUAUGCCUUCAGAUCCUUUUGCAACCGUUGUAAACAGCCCCGCCUUCUCGUUGAUACCAAAACCCCGGCCGAUUCGAAGUGGCUUCCCCGCAUUGGCGAUUGGAUCUGCACUGGUUGCACUAACAACAAUUAUGCAUCAAGAGAAAAGUGCAAAAAGUGUGGGCAACCUAAGGAGGUAGCAGCAAUGCCAGCAGUUGCAAUCCCUGGAGCUUCUGUCCCUACUCAUCCAACUUAUUUUGCCAGGGCUCAAGGAGGAGGUAUGAUGACCCUCGGAGCUCUCCAUCCAUCAAUGUCUUUGAGCUCAAGUUGGCCCCUUGGAGGGACUGAUCAAUAUGGAAACCAACCUACUGGUCCAUAUGGACUUCAGCCAGCAUCGAAUUGGCCCUCCGGAAGUAUAUCUGACAUUUCAUAUGCUAGCCAAAAAACUCAACUUCCUCCAGUUUCAAAUGGUAAUGGAUGGCGUACUGGUGAUUGGAUGUGCACCUGUGGCUUCCACAAUUAUUCUUCACGUGUUCAGUGCAAAAAGUGCAAUGCCCCUCAACCAAUAUCAACACCAUCUCUUGUCAGCCCUGCAGUUACAGCUCUUGGAACAAAACGCCUGGCCUCUGAAGAAUUUGUUCAUAACUGGGACAAUAAGAGACUGAAUGCAGGACAAGCAUACGCACUGCAACAACCAUAUCCAGGAUUUGAGUCAUUCCCAAGUCCUGGUGGUACUCAAUUAAAUAGUCUAUACCCUACCAUUCCCACUGGAAAUACAGCAACUCCGCAAACUUUGCAGUUCAACCUUCAAAUACCACGUGCACCAGCAACAGCUACACUCCUUGGGAAAGGAGCAAAGCAAUGGCGUGAUGGGGAUUGGAUGUGCUCAAAUUGCAAUAAUCAUAAUUACGCCUCACGAGCACAAUGUAAUAGGUGCAAAAGUCAGAGAGAGGUGCCUGCUCAGCCCCUGAGUGUUGCUUAGUUCAGAUGCUUUGCAAGCUUUCUGUGGCUUAUGCCCUGUUAUGAUCUCCCCAUCGAAGGGGAUAAGAUAAGUUUACAUAUAUAUUUUAUUUAUGUGGAAAAUGAUGCUUUGUGUGAAACUUGGAUGUAAAUUUGCAAGCAUGUUGGGUUUUGUAACCUUUUAAGUCAUUUUGAAAGUGAAUAUGAAUUGAGAUUUGGUUGUCAUAGAAUAUGGUCCUUUUGCAGGAUUCAUCUUUCUUAAAA